AUGUCAGCCUCUAAUAUUACCUCAACACAUCCAGGGGCCUUCUUGUUGACAGGAAUCCCUGGUUUGGAGCACUUGCACAUCUGGAUGUCCAUUCCCUUCUGCUUUGCCUAUACUCUGGCCCUGCUGGGAAACUGUACCCUUCUCUUCAUUAUCCAGGCUGAUGCAGCCCUCCAUGAACCCAUGUACCUCUUUCUGGCCAUGUUGGCAUCUAUUGACCUGGUCCUGUCUUCUACAACACUGCCCAAAAUGCUUGCUAUUUUUUGGUUCAGAGACCAAGAGAUUAACUUCUAUGGCUGUCUGGUCCAGAUGUUCUUUCUUCAUUCCUUCUCUAUCAUGGAGUCAGCAGUGCUCCUGGCCAUGGCCUUUGACCGCUACGUGGCCAUCUGUAAGCCACUACACUACACCACAAUCCUGACUGGGCCCCUUAUCACCAAGAUUGGCAUGGCCACUGUGGUACGGGCUGUGACACUAAUGACUCCACUCCCCUUUCUGCUCCAACGCUUCCCCUACUGCCGGGGCCGAGUGAUUGCUCACUCCUACUGUGAACACAUGGCUGUGGUAAGGCUGGCAUGUGGGGACACCCGCUUCAAUAAUAUCUAUGGCAUUGUUGUAGCCAUGUUUAUUGUGGUGUUGGAUCUGCUGUUCAUCAUUUUGUCUUAUAUUUUCAUCCUUCGGGCAGUUCUCCAGCUUGCCUCUCAGGAAGCCCGCUACAAAGCAUUUGGGACAUGUGUGUCUCACAUAGGUGCUAUCCUGUCAACUUAUACACCUGUGGUUAUCUCAUCUGUCAUGCAUCGUGUGGCUCGCCAGGCUGCCCCUCAUGUCCACAUACUCCUUGCUGUCUUUUAUCUUUUGUUCCCACCCAAGAUUAAUCCCAUUAUCUAUGGCGUCAAGACUAAGCAGAUUCGUGAUCAUGUGCUCAGUCUAUUCCAGAGAAAGGAUGUGUAG